CAGAAGGAACUGGAACGAGCGUAUGACCUAGUUUUUCACUGGUUUGAAGUGCCAUUGGUAGAGGAAUCCUCAAAAGCAAUCAUAUAUGUUUAAACGUCUGAGUGAGUUAUUUCAUGCGAUAAAGCGAGAAAAUAUGAGAUUCUAAUGUUAAAAGAGUUUCGCCCAAAGACAGACAGUUUUCUAAGAUGUAUUCGCUGCCACGGACGUGUGCGUGUUAACAUAUUUCGAUAUGACUUUACGUAAAGUUGCAGCUUCUAUUCAUGAAAAAUAAAUAGAAAUCAUCUACGGUUAAUAGUACUGACAGAAACCGAAGGUAAAACAAUGUUAUCAUUUUCGAAGAAAACUUUUGCCCGGUUGCCUUGAAGUAUUUAAUUAUUUUUAUUUUUACCGUGUGUCUUCUAGUAAUGUGUUUGAAAACAUUUUUCGAUUUUAUUUUGCAUAUUUUUAAUGAAAGCCGCAGUGAAGAACAUUCACCUUAUGAAAAGUUUUCAUAAUGCUCAACUCCUGCGGUAAUAGUUACAGAAAUUCCACUAUAAUUUAAACAAGAGUAAAAGGAGCUCAAAAAUUCUAUAAUCAGUAAUGUUAUUUCUUUUCAACAAAUAUUCAAUUUUGCUGAUAUAUAUACCAGCUGUUAAAAAGUAGUUGCCAUUUUAAAGGUGAAAAAAAAAAAAAAAAUGGCUGAAAAACAAAAAGUAAAUCUUAAAACUUUCGUCAUUCCUUUUUUAUUAGUAUCAACUUUACUAUUCAAUUUGGCUGUCUUGUACCGCAGUCACUUCACAAAUGCAGUCGCUUUAUCUAAGUCAUGUGACAAUUCUUCGAAUAUAUCUAAGCAGCCCUUUGACAGAUACAUACAUAUCGCCUUUUUCGGGAAAUAUGCAUUUAAAAAUAUGAAGAUAGUGCGUGGUAUGGCUAGAACCUUCAGUAGUAUUUUAAAAAAUACACAAAGUCCUAUAUUUUUGCAUGUUUUACUGGAUCUCAACAGCAAACAAAGGACUGGAAGAACUCUCAAGAAAGUAGCAAGGACAUUUCGCCGAAGACUAAACAUAACUUAUUAUGAUGUUAAUGACAUGGCAAAACAGAAUCAGGAUACUGUUUCUGCUAUCAGAAAAUUAUUCUUUAGCAAAGAUGUUGGACGCUACAACGACGACAUUUUCUUCCUAUCUGAGGUAUUCCACGAAGCUUUCCCGAAAAGAUUACAUCAAGUUAUUUUCCUCGAUGUUGAUCUGAAAUUUUUAACUGACAUUCAGAAGCUUCAUCAAGAGUUUGACAAAUUUCAACCGAAAAAUGUUAUCGGGAUUGCGCCCGAUCUUCAACCACAGUACCGAGUAGACUUUGCCAAAUUCAGAACGAAGAAUCCAGGAACUUCAGUUGGAUCCCAUAGACCUGGUAAACAAGGCUUCAAUACUGGAGUAGUACUAUUCGAUUUAGAUCGAAUGAGGAAGUCUGAACUUUACAACUCUCUUUUAAAUGAAACUUUAUUAGAGAAUUUAUGCAAAAAAUACGAAUUCGAAGGUUACCUUGGUCAUCAAGACUUUUUUACAUUGACUGGUAUGGAAUUUCCAGAGUUAUAUUACAAAUUAGAUUGUUCUUGGAAUCGUCAACUUGAUGUUGGAUGGCGAAAUGAAGUAGAUAAUGCGAUUUUUGAUCUUUAUCACCAAUGUAAAGGCAAGAUAAAUAUUUUGCAUGCUAAUGGUGACGCUGUUCUUCCGGAUGAUUAAAUGUAUAAUAUUUAGUACAUUUAAAAAUGAAUGUUAUGUGCAAUGAUCCUCUUGAUGUCUCCCUAAAAUAAUAUCUCCCUAAAUAAUAUCUCUUCUAUCUCUACAUCAAAUAUUUUAUUUAAUAAACUGCCUUCCUUCUCUUUUCAAAAGUUAAAACUUGUUAAGUUGUUAUAAAGAGAAUCCCUUUUUUUUUUUUUUUUCAGCUCAAAGAAAGCUUCGGGAGUUAAGAUGAAAACAUUCGUAGCAUACACCGCAUCACGUUUAUUUUUAAAACUCUACUGUUUUGUUGUUUCCAUAUACCUUUCCAUGACUGUAAUGAAGACAUCAAAAUUUUGAAAAGCAUCGAAACAAUUUUUUACCGUUUAUGUCUGUGCAUCACAAAAGUGUCAGAAACCAUUAAGAAAACAAACAUCAUUUAGCCGAUAUAAUUAAUUUAUAUUUUUACAGGCUCUUUUAGUUAAUGAAAAGGUUCUGUAAUCUAACAAAACAUAUGUUUCAAUUUCUAGCAUAUAAUACAUUGCAAGUUGGCCCAAAAUAAUGAUAUAUGUACUCGCUUUAAGGCGGCCAGCCUCUCCUUUCGAAAUAUAAAUUUAAUGCUGUGUCUAGUAUCUUUUGUUUAAGCUUUUAUUCUGUUACAUUUUGAGAAAUUAAACUAUUCCUUAGCGACUACAAUUGCAACAUAAUGAUUAACACAUCACUUAACAGAUGGAAGGUCUGUGGUUCCUGUCGAGCACGCAGUAGAUUCUUCCAUCUUUUGACUCUCUCUCAAAAAAAAGAAAAAAAGAAAAAAGUACCUUUACAUAAGUUGUGUAUUAUUCCUUAGUAAAGUAGGCUGAAAUUUUAUGUUCCGAAUAUUAACAAAUAAAUGAAAUUUGAAAUCAGUUAUUCUUUUUAUCGCAAAUUUUUUUUCACACUCCCAGAUUAGUAAAGUCGUAAUCUUUGCAUAGUGAUUAUUUGCUCACAUUUAAAUUAAUUUUGAUCUUCCAGAGAUUACAAUUUAUAAAUUCUAGUACCAUAUUUAUAAGAAUGUUUGAAAUAUGUAGUAAUCAAAACACUUGUCCAAAAAGAAUAUAAUAAGAAGCAAAUAUGUCUAAAAUAUAUAUGAACAUGUAGAACUCGAUGCCAGUAUAUAAUAAAAUUACAACAUCUGCAUUUAACUUUGCAUGAAAGAACUUAACACUAGAUAUUAAACUAGUUUAUUCAUGCGAAAUUAUUCACAAUACACAUCUGUUAUGAUAAUAUUAAUCAAAAUUAAGCACCUCAAACAUGUAAAUAUCACGUAUGAUAUGUAUUUGCUUACAUUUCUGUAGCAUCUGUAAAACAGUACUAUCAUCUUAAACAUGUGAAAUUUCAUACCCUGAACUCGCUUUUUAUUGCCAUUACAAUAAGUCACAUAUUUCCUGAGAAUAUGCUUAGCCUUAAAAAUAAAAUUAAUGCGCCGUUAAUUAUCAAAUAUUUAUUGAAUCUUUCAUUGUUAAGGAGUGUUAUACGUAUAUUUUAAAUGUAUUAUAUUUAAUGUUUUCAUUAAAUGGUAAAACUUAGCAUAAGUUCACAAUAGUAACAUAAGUUAACAACAUAAUAAAUAACAACAUUAGUAACCCAUUAACAUAAGUUACUAAUGUUGUUAUUUAUUAUGUUGCUUCAGAUUUGUUUGAACAUUAAUCCCAUUUUACUUCCUGCUUCCCAUGCAUCAAGCACAUAAAUAACAAUUUUUAAAUUUUUCCUUUAGUGUGUCACUUUUCCCAUUAUGCCGAAAUUCUGGACACACAAAUGCAAAUGUAAAUGUGAAACGUAAUUCAUCUUUCCAGUUUGCUUGAAAACAUAAAUAUGCAUUGUAAUAAAGGAAAUUUAAGACUU